ACUUGGAUCGAGUUUCGUCUUGGUUUGGAAGCUGCAUGGCCAAAUCGGCAGUCAGCGAUCACUUCCACCUGGUGCAACCCACAUUUUCGGUUUGCGAUGGCUCAGAAAGACCGUCUGGGCUGGACAUUGGGUCUCAAGUCCGGCUCAAUUAAAGUUCACCUUUACGCGCUUUGGACCACGACCCCUGGGCCUUCGCAAACCCACUGGUCGCUGGAUUUUGAGGCGGUGCUUGCCGAGGACUUGUCAGCCUCCAAGUCAUCUCUCAUUCAUAUCGAAGAUGGUGACCUCAACGACGCUCAGCGCGCUCUCAUCCAGACGGCCCUCUUCAACGCCCUGGACGGCAACUCUACCAAGAGCCGCACCACCAUCCUCCGUCUUCUCUUCCCCUCCGUCUCGGGCACCCCAAUCCGAUCCGACUUCCUCCACUACCGCCUCAACGGCUGCGAGCUGAUUCACUCCGUCCACAGCUUCCUGCAACCCCUCCAACCCAUCACCUCGGUCCCCGUCAUUACGCCGCAAACCUCCUCGCCCACAACGCCAACGCCGCAAACCUUCCUCUCCCUCUUAUCCUCCUCCAUGGGCGGCAUCAUCGCCCAAUCCUCAUCCCCGUCCGACGCGCAAACCCUCAGCAACAACCUCACCUCCCAACUAACCUACCGCCUCUCCAUCCCCUGGAUCACCCCACCCACCAGCCCCCCGCGCCGCGCGCGCAUCUUCUGGAUCCAAGGCCGCGCCAACAUCCAAGCCUCGCGGCAAUUCUACGCCGCGGCCCACGCGCUGGGAAUCAGUCUUGUCGUGUGCGACGAGCCGGGCCACUGGAUGGAGUCGGACGAUUUGGCGGUCAACCCCUGGGUGCACUACCGCGAGGCGUUUGUCCCGCUGUGUAUUGACGCCGACGCGGGGUUGGCGCAGAGGAUUGUGGAUGCGGUCAGGGCGUAUCCGGCCCGGGUGGAUGGGGUGAUGUGUAUCAGUGAUGUGAGGCUGGAGGCGGUGGCGAGGGCGUGUGAGGUUUUGGGGUUGGCUACUGAGCGGGCGGGGGCAUAUAAGGUCGCGGGAGAUAAGGGGUUGACGAGGAGGUUGGUGGAUGGGAAUGGGGAGGGACAGGGGGAGGAGAGUUUUGUGCUGGAGGAUGCGGCCGGGUUGGAGGCAGUAUUGCGGGAGAGAGGGGGGAGGCUGGGGUAUCCGUUGAUCGUGAAGCCGUGCACGGGGUGGAAUAGUGAUUGUGUGGUCAAGGUGAGGGAUGAGGACGAGUUGAGGGCGGCGGUCAGCAGGGCGUCGGGACGGCAUGCGAACUCGGCGGCCAGGAAUACGCGCGUGGUGGUGGAACCAUAUAUUGAUGGUCCCGAGGUGGACGCCAACUUUGUUGUUCUCGAUGGGGAGGUGUUGUUCUGCGACAUUACGGACGACUUUCCAUGCCCCGGGGAUUUGGUGCGCGCCGAGGGGAAGACGUUUGCGGCGAACUUCAUGGAAACCUUGAUGGAUGUUCCUACGGCGUUGCCGGAGGACGAGCAGCGGAUUAUGAAGGAGUCACUGUGCAAAAGCAUUGCGCGCUGUGGGUUCAUUUCGGGCGUAUUCCACUGUGAAGCGAGAGUCAGGUGUUCGAGGGCUCUGUACAAGCCAAGGGACGACAAUGGCAUCUUGGAUUUACACGAGGAGAUGAAGAAGGGCCAGCCGUCGUGCUAUCUUCAUGAGAUCAACGCACGCCCGCCUGGCUAUGUCAACUGCGUGGCCGCCCUGUUGGCAUAUGGCGUGGACUACUACGCCAUCCGGUUGCUGCUAGCGCUGGGAGAGGAGGGCAAAGAGAGGAUCAGGGCACUGGCACAGCCGUUUUCGGGAGGGAAACCACAGUACACGCUGGGAAUCGCUGUCCUGCCGCCGUCAAAGGAGGGCAUAAUGGGUAGUAGGGACGCUGUGAAGGAGUUUCUGGACGCAAAUCCAGACCUGGCGAAGCAUGUCGUCUUUUACCAGACUGUGAAGCAGCGCGGCGAGCGAGUGCAAGGGCCCGACUCUAGCGAGUUGUGGUGUGUGGGCUAUGUGAUUGUCGCGUCCCGGACAGGGCGUAAGGAAUGCCUGGAGCUGGCACAGAUGGCGAGGAAGAGGUUCGACUACAAAUUGAUGGAUGAGGCCUGAGGUCAUCUUCUGCCUGAGACACUUGA